GCUGCGAAUGGUAGCGUCCAAUCGCGUCCUUCAUGCUCAAACGUAUUGCACGUCCUGUUCUUAAUUGCUGUCCUGACUAUUCGACAUAUUGCCGGCAUAAUCUAGCGAAUACCAAGGCAUGAAGUCAGCAGCUGCUAGAUCUCCUAGUCGACGCAGUAGCCCACCGCCUCCACACAGAAUGUCACGUCGAUCUCCAAAUUUUAGACGUGGCAGAACUCCUGAAAGAAGACGACGUGUUGAUUCUCAAAGCAGUAGAAUGUCUCCUCCAAGGAGCAGAGAACGGAGAGAAUUCAGGUCAUCUCCUAGAAGUCAACCUCCUCCUGAGUUUGCUGUUCCGAGAAGAAGCAGAUCUCCAAUACGGGAGUCAAAGAGAAGAUCAUUUUCUCCUAAAAGGAAGUCUCCUAAGCGUGAACGUCGUGAACCAGAGCGUGAGCGUUCUGCUCGUCCUGCUAUGAGUCGUAAGCGCUCUAGGUCAAAAAGCCCACCUGUGGUUGUUGGUCCUCCCUUGCAUGAAAGUACAUCUCGACUAGGUCCAUACAGUGGACCUUCAGAAGGACCUCCUGGACGGUUUCAAGGGCCUGACACUUACACAUCUCCAGAACCUAUAAUAGAGAUACAGCAUUCAGGAAGAAGUAUUAGUGGACUUAGUGAAAGAUUUGCUGAAGCUAGUCGGGGUAGUUAUGAGGAGGAACAUCCAGAUCGCCCUGUAUUUCGUGGACCAGAUCGGUCUACAGGAGAGUUGGAGAAGAUUCCUGUAGAUGGUCAUAGUGAUCGUCCCUUUUUCCGUGGACCUGAUGGGGCUGGCUUUGAUAUUAAUGAACUCAAGAAGAUAACUAUGAGCAUUAAACAGACUUGUUCAACUAACCCUACAAGAGUCGCUAGAAAUAUAAUAAGACCAGAGGAUGUUGUAUUAGUUCGCCGAAUUGAAACUUCACUUGAUGGGGAAUACACUUCAUCUGAACGUUCUCAUCAUGUAUCCCGUGAUGGCUAUGGACAUGAAAAUAGAUCACCGUCUCCUAAAUCAAGACGCCGCCUCUCACCAUGGGAGCAAGAUCCUAUGAAUUUAAAUCCUCGCAGGAUCAAAAAUGAGGGUAAACGCCCUAUUUUUGAACGGGAAGAAAUAAUUCAAGGCAAUCAAAGAAGUAAGUAUGAUCCUGGACCAUCCUCACAUCGUCUUGAAGAACAUCAACGUAUUGUUGCAGUUAUUUCUAAUCCUCCGCACACUCAAACAUCAGGUGGCCCCAGGUACGAAUCACCUGGUCGACAUAGUUCAUCCCAUGCUCCAACUACAUAUUAUGGAGGGGAUCGAGAACACCGAGGCUCAUCAAGAGAUUAUGUUCGUUCAAGAGAUUAUGAAAGAAGCCAUGGCCCUGGAUCAGGUUUUGAGCCAAGGGAUAAAAGUAGAGAUGAUCAUUUUGAAAGGAGAGAAGACUUACGUCAUGAUCUUGAAUCUCGACGCCGUGACGAGCCAAGAUAUAUAUCUCAUGGAGAAGGGAUGCGAUCUUAUGAUAAAGGGCGCGACUAUCGAGAAAGUGAAAGGGGUUCAGAUCUGCGCAUGCGAAUCCAUGACAAAAGGUCAGAUAGACAUGAAGACCAUGAGAUGGGUCGUCACCAUUCUAUGGAACGUCAUGAAUUGGAAAGAGAGAGGGACAGGGACAGAGAAAGGGAGAGGGAGAGAAGACCAAUGAUGCAGCCAUCUCCGCCUGGUGAUAGGAGACGCGGUCCAAUGGAAUAUCGGCACAUGGGAGAUGGGGAUCGUAAAAUGAGGGGUGACAUGCAUAUGGGACCUGGAUCUCAUGGACCUGGUGGCCGCCGCUACGAAGGAUCCGAUCGUUUCCAUCAGGAACCUGAGUUUGGCCCUAGGCCAGAUCGUUUCCAUGGUUCAAAACCAUGGGAUAUGAAUCCUGAAUAUGUGCCUAAGGGGCGCGCCUAUUUUGAACAUGAUAACCGAGAUGAAAUGCGUAUGCCAACGCGUGGACGUGGGAAUAUGGGAAUGAGGGGCCAAUUUCGUGGGAGAGGGAUGAUGCGUGGAAGAAUCUUUCGUGGGGUGGGUCAGUCGCGAGGCUAUAUGGGAGGGCGUGGAACUGGUCGUCGAGGUGGAUACUUACCACCUGCAUCAGGGCUAAUGGCACUGGUGGGUCUGGUUGCAGGAUAUAAGCGGAGUUCACCUCACUGGGAGCAUGAUCUGUUUGACAACACGUCGCCCAGUCAUGGCAACAAUGAGUUUAGCAAGUGA